AGAUUCCCAACUACCCCUGUGGGUGAUAAAUGWUGWUYCGGAAAUCGUAAAAGUUUUCGUUCGUUUGACAACGUUUUGACAACGUUGGUUGGUCGAUAAUUCCAGCAUAAUCAGAAGGGAUUCAAUCGCAAUGUCUCAGCACCCGAAGUACGCAGAUAUGGUCCUUGCAGCCGUAAAGGCUCUUGGCGGGAAAGGCGCCUCAAGACAAGCCAUAAACAAGUAUGUUGUCAAGGAAUUCAAUCUAACUGAAAACAAACAUCAUCAUGCGAUGUUAAACCAAGCUUUGAAAAGAUGUUCUGCACCGAAGGGAACCCUCGUCCACAGUAAAGGCAAAGGGGCUGCUGGUUCAUUCAAGGUAAGGGCUGCAGUACCUGAAUCGAAAACGAAGAAGGCGGCCGCCAAACCAAAGCAGGACAAGAAAACGAAAACCGAACCUGCUAAGAAAUUACCCAAGAAAGCGCCCAAGAAAGCAACCCCAGAAAAGCCGAAAGAGACCAAACCAGAAACCAAGCCAGAACCAGCUAGAAGUGCUCCUCCAAAACCUAAAUCCCCCAAGGUAAAAAGAAGCAAGAAAUCCAAAGCAGCAUCACCAAAGAAACCCAAGGUGGUGAAAACAAAGAAAACACCCAAAAAAGCAACCACAAAAAAAGUCGUUUCAAAGAAGUAAAAACAAGAGUACCAGAAUAUUGCAUGUUCAUUGUGUUCAUAUAGUUAAGCAGCUUGAUUUUAUAACAUUUACUAUAGCACCUUUGCCUUCCAAUACAGCCAUUAUCAAGAACACCAUCUUGGUUUUAAAAAUUUUAUAUUCAGUUUAAACUCCUAUUUUAUAAUUUGCGCAUGUAUCCGAAUUCUUAGUAGUCUAGUAAAUAUACAUGUAUUUA